AUGCGGAAGGGGCUGGAGUCGCUGAAGGGCGCCCUGGCGGCGUCGGGCGAGGAGAAGGGCCAGCUGGAGCUGCAGCUGGACGGCGUGCGUGGCGAGGCGAGGCGGCGCCAGGAGGUGCUGACGGGCGAGGCGGAGCGGUUGCGGAAGCAGGACGUCGAACAGGUGCGGCUGAUGGACGAGGCCCGGGGCCGCGCGGACGCGGAGAGGCGGAACUUGGCGCGUGCGUUGGAGGAAGAAUCCUGCAAGCGGAUGGAGGACGCCCGCAGAUUGGGGGAGCUGGAGGUCCAGGUGGAGACCUCCGAGCUGCAGUGCAGGCAGCUCCGCCGGCGCAUGGAGGAGCGGGACGCGCAGGCGCACGAGUCGGAGCAGGAGCUCUACCGGCUCCGCGCGGAGGCCGAGCAGUUGCGCGGGGCCGUCCAGAAGGCCGAGCAGGACACCGAAGCGAGGUUGAGGCAGCAGAUGCUGAACUUCGAGAGGCGGCUGUCGCUAGAGGCCCAGAGGGCACAGAGGCUGGAGAAGCAGCCUGGCUGCUGCGCGCUGCGGUGGGGACGCGGCUAA